UCUGUACAUGGCCCGGUGCUGGAAGGGCAGGGAACAACCGAUGUUGCUAUUUUGAAUAGAUUUUUCUUCCCCCCCCCCAUUUUUAUUUUUGCACAGAGAGUCUCAUGUCUAAUAUUUAGACAUGAUGAGCUUUGUGCAAAAAGUAACUUUGCUCAUUCUUGCCGUGUUUCAACCCUCAGUUAUUUUGGCACAACAAGACGCUCCAGGAGGAUGUACCCAUCUUGGGCAGGUUUAUGCUGACAGGGAUGUUUGGAAACCAGAGCCAUGCCAAAUCUGUGUGUGCGACUCGGGAUCUGUUCUCUGCGAUGAUAUCAUCUGUGACGACCAGGAGCUGGACUGUCCCAACCCAGAGAUUCCCUUUGGAGAGUGCUGUCCAGUUUGUCCACAAACAACGCCACAACCUACAAGA